GACACUCGUGUGACGAGUGACGAUAACUUGGCUCCGAUCGCUUGUAGAGUCGUUCUGCUUGGACCAGUUCGAUGAACCUUCUCACCAAGGGACACGUCUCGUCUGGGACAAGGCCGACUUUGAAGCUGCCGUCAACCGCAUGUACCACGCCGACAAAUUCCACCUUGUCGACGGAUACGCCCCGUUUUGCAAGCAUUUGUUCAUACCGAACUUUGUUGGCGCGAAAUUGAGCACGGCGGCGAUCACGAACUCGAAUCGUAAGCACUUGAUCACCGAGUACGUCGCGCGCACCCCGACCGAGCUCCCAGUGUUGGUUCGGUAUUUUCCCGUCGAAAAGGUUCAACCCCAAGUUGCCGCCUACCUCGACGUGAUUCUGUACAGUCGCACUCAGAUCCAACUGGAGAAUGCUGCCACGGGAAAACCCGCGGAAUACAACGAGACGGCGCCAUGGGGAAUCAUUUACGUCAAGGCACAAGACGUUGACUACGAAUUGCCCAUGGACCCAAUCACAAUCUUACGCAACGGUCUUGGCAAAGAAGAAGGCGGGUCGGGUGUCCCCGUCGACAAGGAAGCGUAUCAUCGCUCCGUGGAGUACUGGGCGCACCAUGCUGUUCUGCAGUAGCAAGCAUGCCCUUGCUGAACGUAUCGAGGAAGACGAAAGAGCAGAAGAAUGGCAACCUCGCGCAAUUCGGGCACUUGCUUCAGCGUCGACAGAGGUGACUGUCCAAACAAGGGCAUUGGCGUUGCGUCCUGGAAUUUGAGAGAUUUUUCGACACCUGCGCAAUGGGAAGCCAGCAGAUCCAUGCCGCUACAUCUCGCCAACUUCUCGCCAUGAAUUGGCGCUGGGUUCGAUGCCGGGUGCAUGGAGAGCGUUCUCCAACAUGACGUGUUUGAACAUUUGGCUCAAUACGGAGCUGCACGAAGCGCUCGAUCAUGUCGACGAAAACAUGGUACCGUUUCUGGACUCUUAGCUGCGGAUAUACGACAC